CUUCUUGCAACAUCUUCACUGGCUGACUCUCAUCAGGAUAAAGAGUGACGAAGCAGGAGAGCUGUUCCAGCAAAUCUUUCUCCUCGGAUUCUGCUUCAGUGAUUUUUCUGUGUAGAGAUUGGUGCUGGAUGAGGCAUGCAAGUCCUUGCAGGUUCACUUCAGGUUCUUCUGCAGACUUGACAAAGUUCUGGAUGGACUGGGUCCCCGGACAUGUUGAGGAACCACCAUCUGAGCCUUGGCGAUUUCACAAUAUAGACAGCAGUUCCGUCCUAAGGAUCUUUCUGUGUCUUGUCCAGCUGAGACCAAGUCCAACCUUCAAGUCCAGCAUUUCACCAUCUGGAAUCCGAAUGGAUGUGCCAGUCAUUAGUGAGUCCAGAUCUGAUGCUAGUUUCCGGAACUUUACCUCAUGGGUUAGUUGGGCUAAUGUUGCUCCUCCACUCGUUAAGUCACGAGCCUGCAGUAACGUCUCUGAGCGAUGUCUUAAUGUUGAUGGAGCACAUUGAUCUGAAGAAACUUGGGCUUUGUGCAUAAGCACUGUUACUAGUGGCUUGUU